AUGUGUUUGCAAUUUUAUGUUGUAGAAUUGGAGCAGAGGCCGAAAACAUUGCUGGUAUUUGUAAAUCCAUAUGGUGGUAAAGGAAAGGCGAAAAAAAUUUAUUCACGACAGGUUGAAAAAAUCCUGCAAAUGAGCAAUAUACAAUGUGAUGUUGUGAUGACACAACGUGCCAAUCAUGCAUUUGAUUACCUGAAACAGCUGGAUCCAGCACAGUGGACAACGAUUGAUGGUGUUGUCUCGGUUGGUGGCGAUGGCCUUUUCAACGAAUGCUUAUCAGCUAUUGUCUGCAGGACACAAGAAGAGGUGGGAAAAGAUAUUUCGGAUGUGAACAUUGAUGUGCUGAAGACACCACGAAUGCGUUUCGGUAUUAUUGGCGCUGGUUCAGCAAAUUCCAUCGUUUCAUCGGUACACGGGACAGAUGAUUGCCCAACUGCCGCUAUACAUAUUGCAUUAGGGAGCAAAUGUUCGGUAGAUGUAUGUACAGUACACAGAGGUGAUGAUCUGAUGCGUAUAUCGGCAAAUGCAAUCUCAUACGGUUGGCUUGGCGAUGUUUUAGCGGAUUCGGAACGUUACAGAUGGAUGGGACCAUUGAGAUACCAGUAUUCAGCUUUGCGAACCACAGCCCGUAAUCCAGCCUAUUUUGGUCGUGUAUCGUUCAGCUUGAUCGCAGAUUCGGCCGAGAAAAAUGAUCUAAGCCUCCUGCCAAAAUGUACCAAACCAUGCUCCAUAUGUGACAGGUAG